CCGUGCCCAGCGGGCGCGCUCUCGCUCCCCCGCAGCGCGGACGCGGCGCUGGAGGAGGCGGUGGUGGAGGUGAUCGAUCACCGGCCGCUGGAGGGGCAGCGAGCCGCCGGCUGCCGCCUGACCGCGGCCCCGGUGGGCUCCUGCGCCACCCUGGUGACCGAGCGCAUCGCCCAGGGCCCCCCGGGGGUGCUGGACAGGCUGACGGCCGCCCUGCUGCACGGCACCAUCCUGCUGGACUGUGUGAACCUGAGCCCAGCAGCUGGGAAGGUGACCCCCAGGGACGUGGCCUGUGUGGCCCUGCUGGAGGCCAGGUUCCCAGAGCUGCCCCCCAGGGAGGAAGUCUUUGAGGCCCUGCAGGCAGCCAAGUUUGAUGUCUCAGGGCUGAGCACGGAGCAGAUGCUGCGGAAGGACCUGAAGGUGGUGCACGGCGAGGGCCUGGCCCUGGCCAUCAGCGGCAUCUACCUGCCCCUGGAGACCUUCCUGGCCCGACCCAACCUGCUGCAGGACCUGGAAGGCUUCUGCCAGGCUCGGGGCUACCAGGGGCUGGUGGCCAUGAGCAUCUCCUACAGCCAGCAGCAGGAACCCCGCAGGCAGCUGGCAGCCUACAGCCAGCACCAGGCCCUGCUCAGCACCGUGUGCCAGGCCCUGGAGGAGGCCACAGCUCCCUGCCUGCACCUCCAGCCCCUGCCCAGCCCCUGGCCCUGCCUGGCUGCCUACAGCCAGGGCAACGCUUUGGCCACCAGGAAGAAGGUUCUGCCCCUCCUGAGGGCGGCCCUGGGGGGGCCCAGCGCUGCUGCUGCCGCUGCUGGGGGCCCUGAGGAAGAGGUGGGGCCACCCCCCACCCCCAUGAACAGCCUGGUGGAGGACUGCCCCCUGGCACAGGCCGUGCCCCCCCUCUGCCCCCAGGACGUGCUGGAGAGGGUCAGCCGCAUCGCCGCCGGGCAGCCCCCCGGCUCCCCCAAGUAG